CGCUACAGUGUACUAACGUCACGAUUGACGCGAGUGGCGCGAACGUGGGCGGCGUUGUCCGCAUCCUGACGCAUCUCCGUGUUCCGAAACCCGUUACCGCAAUGUCUGACAUAUGUGUGGCGAAGGCGAGCGCAGUUUUGGUGCCUUGAUCGCGAAAAAAAAACGCGCGUUCGUGAGUAGAGUCUAGGCACAGUGUAACCACGGAGGCAUCUGGACACGUCAGCGAAAUCUGCACUGCGAUAAUGGAUUGACGGGGACGAAUUUCUGAGCGCAUUUACCCUGCCGGCACAGACUGCAUCGGAAACAUGGAUUUCGCAAGGUCUGUUUUCGGAGGUAACUCCACCGAAGGCUACAGCCGAAAAAACACAGAAGUCGAGACACUGUCCGAGGAUGAGGAGGACGUGCGUUGCGGCGGAAGCGACUGCGGGGGCGGAGAUUCGAUCAGUGCCAAUCUGUUUGGCAGCGGCUCAGCCCAGGGCUACAGUCCGGCACCCGGAGGUCCGUUCUCGGCUCUCACUCCGUCCAUGUGGCCUCAGGACCUGCUCGCGUCGCUCGGAAACAUACCUGAAGACACUGGCUGCCACCAUGACUGCCGCUUUGACGAGUUUGGCUUCAGGAUAGAGGACGAAGAUGGGCCCGAACAGACGAGCCGCAGUGUAGACAGUGAGGAGCCCUUCCAGGAGAACCCCCAGCACAGACUCCAGUGGAUCGCGUACCUGGAAUUCACACACAACAAUGAAGUUGGAGACCUCACGUGGGACAAGGUGGAGCCGCACCUGCCACACACGCCCAAGCUGCAAGGCCUGCUGCACGAAGGUGGCAUUCCACACUCGCUGCGGCCGCAGCUGUGGAUGCACCUGUCGGGGGCGGCCCGCAAGAAGAGACAGGCCGGCCUCACCUACCGCGAGGUGGUGCGGGCCUCCGCCAACGACCACCUGCUCACCUCCAAGCAGAUCGAGAAGGACCUUUUGCGCACCAUGCCGAGCAAUGCGUGCUUCUCGCAUGCCACCAGUACGGGCAUUCCCCGCCUGCGGCGGGUGUUGAGGGGACUUGCCUGGCUUUACCCGGACAUUGGAUACUGCCAGGGCACGAGCAUGAUAGCGGCGAGCCUGCUGCUGUUCCUGGAAGAAGAAGACGCUUUCUGGAUGCUGUGCACCAUCGUGGAGGACAUCCUGCCUGCCUCAUACUACUCGAGCACCCUGGCCGGAGUGCAGGCCGACCAGCGGGUGCUGAGGGCCCUGGUCACUGCCGUCCUACCAGACCUGGACGCCCUGCUCAAAGAGCACGACAUUGAGCUGUCGCUGAUCACGCUGCACUGGUUCCUGACGCUGUUUGCCAGCGUGGUGCCCAUGCGAGUGCUGCUGCGCAUCUGGGACCUUCUCUUCUACGACGGCUCCAUCGUCCUCUUCCAGGUCCUCCUGGGAAUGCUCAGCUCAAAGGAGUCCGAGCUGCGGUCGCUGGAAAACUCGGCGCAGAUCUUCAACGCGCUCUCCGACUUGCCCGGCUCCGUGCGUGACGCAGAGCAGCUGCUCGAAGCCAGCAGGCAGGCGUCUCGUGACGUGACGGAGCCUGCUAUCGAGGCCCUGCGACGCAAGCACCUUGCAUACCUGAUGGCCGACCAGGGGGCACUGCUCAACCCGGAGCAUGCACGAAACCUGCCCAAACAACACCUGACCCGUCGCCAGGUGAAGCGCUCCAAGUCGGUGCUCCAGCUGCUGCUCCAGGGAGAGGCGGGCGAUUGCACCAAUCCGUCGGAGGAGGACGUGCGGCACAAGAACGUGCGGCAGACGGAGAUCCUGGUGGACCUGCGCGAGGCCAUCUUGCAGGUGGCCCGCCACUUCCAGGCGCUCGACCCCAAGCUGCAGGUGACGCUGAACUCGGACUACUCCAUGGAAAGCCACGCGCGCGACCACGAGAACUUCGCCAACGUGUCCCGGUCGCGACACCGGCGCGCCAAGGCCCUGCUCAACUUCGAGCGGCACGACGACGACGAGCUCGGUUUCCGCAAGAACGACAUCAUCACGAUUAUCAGUCAGAAGGACGAGCACUGCUGGAUCGGAGAGCUGAACGGCCUCCGAGGGUGGUUCCCGGCAAAGUUCGUGGAACUUCUGGACGAACGCAGCAAGCAGUACUCCAGUGCGGGGGAUGACUCCGUGACAGAAGCCAUCACAGACCUGGUUCGAGGAACGCUGUGUCCUACACUGAAGGCAGUUCUGGAAUACGGAAUGAAGCGAUCCAGUCUUCUUGGUGGAACCUGCCACCCGUGGCUGUUCAUUGAGGAGGUUGCCAACAAGGAGGUGGAGAAGGACUUCAACUCCGUCUACUCUCGGCUGGUUCUUUGCAAGACCUACAGGUUGGAUGAAGAUGGAAAAGUGCUCACACCGGAGGAAGUACUCUACAGGUCAGUUCAGGCCGUGAACAUGUCACAUGACCAGGCCCAUGCUCAGAUGGAUGUCAAGCUGCGCUCCCUGGUCUGCAUUGGCUUGAACGAGCAGGUGCUGCACCUGUGGUUCGAGGUGCUCUGUUCGUGCUUGUCGGUGGUGCACAAGUGGUACCAGCCCUGGUCCUUCAUCAACAGCCCCGGCUGGGUGCAGAUCAAGUGCGAGCUCAGGCUCUUGUCCCAGUUUGCGUUUAACCUGAAUCCCAACUGGGAGCUGCCGACGCAACGGGAGCCCUCACAACCGCUGCGUGAAGGCGUGCGCGACAUGCUUGUCAAGCACCACCUCUUCUCCUGGGACCUCUGACUUCCGCGCGCAAGUGCUGGUCCGAAGACGCCACCGGGGAGCGGCUCCGAUCGGCUGGCGGCAACACGUCGCUGCGAAAACAUACGCCACUAGCGGCCUCGCUGGUACGAUCAUUAACCGGCCCCCGCAACUGCCAGACACGUGGCACGGCAAGUCGGCAUCUCUCGCAUUGCCGACAGUGUAAUGUGUUGAUCUCUUACGCGCCAAAUGGACUCUUUUUUCUUUCCAAUAUUCAGUUAACCUUCUCCGCGUCGUGUAUUCGCCCAGCUAAUGGAAGCAACAGCCUUUUCAAGCGAAGCUUGUUACGACGCACAAACCGCGCACGUGACAUUGCCGACUGCUUAACCGACUAUGCUGCCAUUAGCUGGGCAAAUCACUGCCUCGCGUGAAAGGUGGCUCCGAAGUUUGGAAAGGGGUCCGACGGCAGUUGUCCAUAGCUGCUAGAAUAGGGUACUAACCGAGCUGUACGGAAAGAUAAGGGUUCAGGAACCGGAAUGGUACAAGACGUCAUCGCAGGGCCAUAUACAACAUGGCACAGGAGAAAUGCUGGACAGCUCUAUGCCUUGUCUCAAGCUGCUUUUGUAAGUGAGCUUCUGUUGCUGUGUUGUGUUCCGUCACGGUCCAGAAUCACGUGCCAACAUAUGACAAACCUAAGUUAAGGCCUGCGUUUAACAAAUGCGUUUCUGGCCUCGUCCACACUGACACUCUUACCGAUUUUUUGUUUGUUCCGAAUGAAGCUAUAGGUUGCCCGAGCUGAGAAAUCAUGUACGAUUUCUGGUGUGAUGCCAAGAUUUUAUAAUGUCAAAGCGACAUUUGGACAUGUCAAAAGACAACCUCUGUGGGCUGAGAUCUUUGCCCGGUCCCUGAAAAUGUUCAAGAGGUGGGUUCAUUUCCAACAUUAUUUCUAAUUGUACUUCAAUGUCUUGCAAUGAAAAUUGUGCACUGAUUCAGAGAUAAAAAUAUGCUUUGACAACAUCAGCUUUGGGAAAUCAUAGUUUUGUGAGUUACCAUUAUGAUAUUUCUAGCCUUCGCUUUAGUUGGGGAGCGGCUUUGCUUGGAAGUGGCUGCUCAUAGCUUCAAAAAAUGGAGCUUUCGUUUCUAGUGCGUGGCUUUCUCUGGCAUCGUCUGGAACAGUUUUGUUUCGUGGCAGUUCACAGCCAAGGCAGUCCCAAUGCUAGUUGUCACCACUGUAUUUUUCUGCCAUCGUAUUAUUAUUAUCUUAAUUAAGUGUACAGUCAUCGCAUGAAUGAUAAGAAAAAUCAGGUUAGCCAUUGCCUGUUGGAGGAGUUACUGCACAAGAAAAUUUAUGAAGGGCAAAAGCAGGGCACGACUGAUAACACAGAUAAGAAGCACUGCAGGCGCAAAAUCUAGUCUUCUGGCAUGCAGAUCAAUUGGUUCAUGCCUUACUCGGUCGCAUGCUGGUUGUGCUAGUCACUUUUGUCGGAGAUUUCAGCUGCUGUGAUGAGGAGCCUUGCAGUGGAAGACACUCUUUUUUAACCGCUUCUUGAGUUGCUGUGGCUGGCAUUUUGCCCGAGGCUCUGUUCCAAUACUCGCAGUGAACAACUGAAAAGACGGUGGCUAUUAAGUUCCAUUCCAAAUCAUACAAAGCAAGCAUCUAGAAAGAGCUUUGCAAUGGCACCAUCAACGUCGAAGAACACAGCUGGCUACUUUCGUGUUCAGAAGAUGGUGGCCCACCGUAACAUCCGGCAACUCGGUAGGAAGGUUGCCUGCAUCCAAGGAAACAUGGCUUUGCUCUCUUACGCACUUAGUGUAAAAUGUGUCGAGAUUUUCAUAGGUUUCCAUACACAGGGUUAAAAUACAGUGAUAUGUGCUUUCUUUAACCUUUUACUUGUUAUCGAGAGAUGACAUCAAGUCGCAGAUAUCUUCCAAGUGUGUUCCACUGGUCUUCUUGGCAGUAAUAAAGACUGUCUUCAGUGCUGGGUAGAAUCGGAACACAUCCUGAAGCACUGACUUGCUGAUCGAGCAACAGUAGUGGUUUAUUCUUUUCUGGCUUUCACCGAAGGUAUGCCACCUCACACUUUUAGGGGCACUGUGAAAGUGUAAUUGGCGAAAAGGGGUAGUAAACAGUAAAAACAGUAAAAAGGGGUAGUGGUAAAACAUGUAUCAAAUAACCAACAGUGGGGCUAACAAGACGAACCUUGGAGCAAACAUUUCAACCAUGAAACUUGCUGCUUUCGUCUGGGCAGCGGCACAUAAUAUACAUAGAACUGAAUUUUUUUCUCUUCGCAUCAUAAAAAUCAAGUUGUGACACUGCUCUUUACUUGCUCAAGCUUUCCAGCAAGAACACGUAGUUUAUGAUAACACUUGGCACUGUUCUUUGUGUGAUUCAGCAAAGAAAAUAAUGCGAGUUUGCCUCUCACAUUAUUUUUUCAUCUUCCAAAGCUGAAAAACUCUGACCUCACAAUCGGUAACGAAAAGCCACAGAAGGCCACUGAGGUAUUGCGGCGAAUUUACAUUCCAUUCGAGGCACGUUUGUCUCUGGGUUCACAGGUUGUGACCGAUUGCGUAUCGUUAAUUGAAAUUAGCCUUCUAGUCACGUCAGCAUUGUUUUUUUUUGUUGUUGUUGUUGUUCCUACAACUUCUCAAUGUGCGGCACCAGUGUGCCACCAUUGGCUCAAUUUUCUGUGGCCGUUUCGAGAACCAACAUUUCCUCGUGCCCUUUUAGGAGGCAAAUCUAGUCACGGAAUUCCGAGAAAGGGCUUUGUUGAUUUGUUGACGUUUGACGGAAAAUUCAUCGACGACCUAGCAAUCUCUCUUGUGUACCACCUAGUCCAGAAACUUGUGCUGGGGUUUACAGUGCUAGUAAACAAGUACUCGCACGAUAUUUUUUACUACUAUUCCUUUCCCACAUAUAAUGAAAGUUCUGGACCUCAAAAACCAUAUAGAAGAUGCUUCCAAGUGUUGAAUUUAAUGCAACAGAUUUUCUGGCAGCCAGUUUUUGUUUCAUUUCCCAGGAGAAUCUUGUACUGACUGUAUUGUGACGUCACGACCCAGAAGGUGAUCACGUGAAGAGUGGCGCAUUACCACGUUUCGACAUUUGCUUCAGCUUAUUCAGUCAUUGGCUACACUGCUGCAUCAGUCAUCACAACAGUAGCAGAACGAGAGCCAAUCAACUGUGUCAGAAUGGGCACCACUACAUCCAUAAUGUGCUGCUCCAACAUGAUCAAGACCUUCUUGGUAAUGAUAUCACAAUGCAGUACUCUACUCAUAAAUGAAGCCAUGAGUCGCUAUAGAAAAGGCUGUUAUUUUAAAUUAUUUGGGGCGAUCCGGAGCCUCCUUUUACCAAGGGAAAAAAAAGUAAUAUAUGUUAUGUCAAUGCUUGAAAAUGUUUGCUGGAAAGUACAUACUAGCAGAUUGACUUUGCAGUGACUCUGUCUUGAAGCAUGAAGCACUGCAUUUGCCAUUCGGACCUUUCAGCAUUUUGUUGCAUUUGCUGCUGUGCGCAGGAAAAAGGUAAAAAAUAACCAGUGUUCAAUCAUGCAUAAUUUUGUUGCCAUUUCGUCUCAAUGGAAGCUUAAACUGUGUGACCAAACUUCCAUUCAUUUUAUAAAUGGGCUGUCUUCGUUCACCUUUCUGUCAAAGUACAAUUUUUUUUAGCCAUUCCGGUGGUGCUGUUGUUGUCUACAUACAGUGUACAUUGCACAGGAUGUUAAGUCUAAAGGGGCCCUGCAACAUUUCUUGAAUAUAGUCGGAACACAUUGCCGAUCUUUGUGCCAGCAAAUGAUCUCUGAGACCAUGUAUACAACUUUGGGCAGGUACCGCAGCCACCUGCAGGUGCUGCCACGUGCCGGCACGGCCUAUGUCUAAACCAGAAGUAACAGUCAACACGGUCAAAGAAAAAUUUAAAUAAAAAGAAAAUGUUCAAGGCGAUAAUGUUCAGCAACAUAAAUUUCAGGAAGUGUAUCACCACACACGCUGUUUCCUGCAUAGUUUCUACUCGUGGUGACGAAAGGAGGGCAAGCACACAGCCUGUGUGACAACUUUGUUUGAAAACAUUUGAAAAACCUCUGGGUAAAAAAAUUACUGCCCAAGCACUCCAUACAGGCAGUUAAACAGCAAAACUGAAAUGUUAAGCCCCAGUGUUUAUCACUAAGUUAAUCCCGAUGGUACCCGCCACGGUGGUCUAGUGGUUGUGGUGCUCAACCGCUGACCUGGAGGUCACGGAAUUGAAUCCCGGCCACGGCCGCCGCAUUUUCGAUGGAGGCAAAAAUGAUUGACUCCCAUGUACUUAGAUUUAGGUGCACAUUAUCUUAGAACCCCCAGUGGUCAAUAUUUCUGGGGCCCUCCACUACGGUAUACCUCACAAUCAUAUCGUAGUUUUGGGACGUUAAACUCCAACAAUUAUUAGUGCUGGUGAUUCCUUCAAGUCUUUCUCAAGUAUUGGUUAUGUCUGCCGAGAAAUCUUAAGUGGUGUUUGCUACCCAUGUGUUCCCUUCAUCUUUAGUGGACCAGUGGUGAGUAGUGGAAUUUGCCCAAUUUCAUUGGCACAUAUGUGCUAGUAAUUCUUGCACACAUAAGACAAACGAAUUUUUGUUUUGCCUAGCCGUAUUCAGCUUCAGUGCGUAGCACUUUAGGGGUCCAGCUUGUCAUCCAUCCAUAGAUCUCAUGUUGCGGGAUUGCGCUCAAAAUCAAGUGGUCAAUACAGGCCUAAAAUAAGGUUAGCAGUGCUCGAAACCGGGUUAAAUUAAACAAACAAGGUCUAAGAUAAUAUAAUUAACAGCAAUAACCAAGAAGUAAUCGCUAUAAUUAACUUAAAAUCACUAAAAAUGCUUUGGACAGAUGCGGUUGACUCCUGCACCGCACAAGAGAGGGCGCCACCGCCUCGCCAAAAGCACGAUUGCUCCUCCCACCGGCGUUCUCCGGCGUAUUCGUCGCUACAUCUGAAGGAGGAUACAACGUGACGGAACUUGCUGCAGACGACACGUAUCUCAACUGUGGUAACAAGCAGGAAGUCGAAGUGCAGCAAAAAGUAGUGCGCAUGUCGCAAAUUGAGUUUUCGAAUCUCCCUAACAAGACUACUCGUGCCUGGGAAACUGUACAUGCUUACCUCAAACGUUGACGUCAACGGCAGUUUGGUAGAUGGAGCAGUGGGUACUCGACGAACGGGAAUUGCUGAGUGCCCGUGCUACUUACUCCCACAGAUUUCACAGUAGUGUUUCGUAAAGCAACUAGUUCUUCCAGCAGACUUUCAUUCAUGAUAACAUAAAAACGUGUUGCAGGGCCUUUUUAUGCUUUGACAUGGUGUAUGUGCAAACCAGCAAUCACUCUGCAUAUAUUUGCAAUGUGCUGCAUUGUACAGAUUUCACUGAUACACCGGAGUUCACCAAGUGUUUGGUGAAGUGGUGGUAAGAACCAUUUAUGUGUUUAUUGCAUACAUUUAUGUGCUUACUCACUAUGUUUUAAUAUUUGAGUACCUUUACGGCUGUUGAACACUACCAGGUGCCAUUGUUGAAUACCACCAGACUGCGGAGUAAUGUUUACAAAAAGUGUUGUUAAUGUAUACUGAUGUAUAUUGUGCUUUCCAGUUUGCUUAUUUUUAUUCUUAUUCAUUUGUUGUUUUGUUGCUGUGUUGUUAUGCAUUUAUGGUUUGAUUGUACUCAUUCCACUUGCGUCAUUCCAUUCUACUAUGCGAGUGGCAUGUUCAAAGUCAUUUUCUUGUGAUAAUUACCUUCCUUGGUUCUGCCAUUUUUGCUAUUAGCUUACCGCUUGCAUUUUCAUGUGAAAGGGUCGCUUGCGUUGAGUGUAUGGCAUGGUAAAUGCUUUGUUGUGUUGUACAGUAUUUACACAUUAUCAAACUUAAUACUGAGCAUGUAAAUGUUAUUGCUUUAUACCUAUUGACUUGAGAUGGUGUUGUAUUUUCUAAGCUGCAGAUUCAAAAGUGUAUAUUCUGUGUGAGCUUUUUUUUGUUUUGUUUUGUCUGUAUGACAUUAAUUUGUAGAUCUACUGAAUCAUUUUAAGUUGUAAUUGUCGUAUUGAAGACAAAAUUGAAUUCUGGUGGCUCUGGGAAGCAGCAUAUUUAUUUUGGGCCCGAAUUAUUUUUAUAGACAUUCUUGAAAACUAUGAAUUUGUAUUUUAGAAAUAUAGAUGCGAAGUUAACAAGUCUAUAAUCGUUCACCAAAAACAAAUAUAGCAGUUUUGUGAAUCGAAUGUGCUAGAGCGUCCAAAGCAUGCAAAUUCUAUAUAAAUUCGCAGCUUGCAUGAAAUAGUUUUAUAAUGUUUACGAGAAUUUUGCAAAAAAUUCUAUUACUAGAAAAAUGAGAGUGGUGAAUCAAAAGGAAAAUUGUGGUCUGCCCACUUGCAGUACCAUGCAAGAAAUUGGUAUGCAUUUCUUUCCAAGAAAUGCAUACGUAUUUCUUGGAAAGAGCACCUCCCACUUUGCAAAAUAUUUGCCCUGGCUAAUUUUAUAUGGUUUAAAUGUAAUGCACUUAAUUUAACAUUGCAAUAUUGCGUUUUAUUGCCCAGUUCAAGAGUUGUAAAUUGGAUCCUUCUUUUUUUUUCGACUAUUGUAUUGUGUAGUUUAUGGCAGAUAUAAAAAAAAAUUCUUGCUACAGACACUAGAAAAAUAAUCUUUUCAUUUCCAUAUAUUUAGGUGGGAGCUCCCAGGCUAUGUCAUCCACUUAAAGUUAACUACAAUUUGAGUGUCAUUUCUUGUUUUCUUAACUACAAUUUGAGUGUCAUUUCUUGCUAGCUACGAUUAAGCACUUUAAAGCUGCAUUUAGUAAUGCUCUUCCGUUUGCGUGUGUGUAUUAUGUUUAUAUUAUGACACUGGCCCAUGAAUCUCUAUUCAGAAGCGCUCAGGAGAUAUCUGUGAGUCAUUCCCCCAUGCUGUUUGUGUAAUGACCAAAUCAAAUAGUUGUGCAACCACUACUAAUACAAGAAAAAACACCAGAUCAAUUUUUCAAGUAACCAUUGCUCCUAAUAAGUGGAUUGAAAGCCGACGUGCACACCGCAAAAUCCUGCAUGUGAUACAGGGACAUUUCAUUUUCAGUUUCACCAUGCCGAAUUCGGGUGCCUCAGUAAAGUUGCGAGCCGUAAUGGCAUCGUUAAAAUUGUGGUCCCACAAAAUUUUGUAUAUCUGCCGAGUUUCUUUAAUUGCUAUUUUCGGCACUUAACACACCAAAAUUUUUAGUUUUUUUUUUACUAAGUGCAUUUACAUAUAUAUCUUUUUCCUCUUUACAGCCACAAUAUUAUACUUUGUAUGUAUUUGUAAGUACAGUAUUCACGGAUUGAAACGCAACAUGAUUUAUUUUAGUGUAACAACUGCUGUGAGAAAUUACUUGCGAUUACUGCGCCAUGUCGCCAUGAAUGUGACUGCUGAAGGUAACGUUCGCUCUGAUAUAAAUGUUUGAGUCAAAAUUGUGUCGACAUGACACGAACUGUUGAUGAUGGAAACGAAAGUAUGUGCAUUACAUAGCCCUAAAAUGCCUUGUUUGAAUCUGUGAGCAUUGUAUAUUACAGUGCGGGUGAAAAGCAGCUUUACUACAAAAUGUUUUGCCUUAUGCAAGACGUUCUGUUAUGAGCACUGUUGUUACCAUAGAGUUUCCUACAAUACUUACUAGAGGGAACUCUGGCGCUAGUGUCUAUGGGAGCUGCAACGCAUGACGCUUCAGCCAGCAUGGGAAUGAUGGGUAGUACACAAAUUUGUCUAAACUUCGUUCUUUCGGCUCCGUUUGGCUCCGCGUCGGCUGCAUCCGCUUUGUCGAAAAACGAAGUUCAGCAAAAGUCAGCCGUUCCACUUCACCAGUUUAACUUUUUUAGGCUCACCAAAUCAAACCUGGUCAUGAAGUUCACAACGGUCUAUUCUUUUAUCCGAAACGAACGCCAAAACACAGCAAUAAACAAAGCCACAAGUACGUUUGAAGCCGCAAGCACGAAGACUAGGCAAAUUUGUGUACUACCCAUCAUUCCCAUGGUAGCUGAACGAUCGCAGCGCCAGAGUCCCCUCUAGUUAAUUUUAGGAAACUCUAUGGUUGUUACGUCAGCAGCGACGAUUGCGCCAUGCUGCUUCACUAUGUGCUUUUGACCGGGAGCCAUAGUGAGCCAUCCUUAUGUCACAUAGCUUGAUUGCAUUUGACAUUCAUUAGUUCAGUUGCCACUCAUUAUAUCAUUUAGCGAAAUGCCAGAGUUGACAUCGGUAUAAACCAAACAGAUAGGGAUAAAAUUUCAGUGUACAAAAGAGAAACCGGAACAAACUAUUCAAGAGAAAAAAAAUACUUUUCAUACACAAGUUUUCAGUCGGCGUGCAAUUAUCGAGCCAACAGCGUGAGUUGUAAAGAAGUGCAUCGUUGCUUAUUUCCGCAUUGCAGUUUUCACGUGUUUCCUGGAAACAUUUUCCAUUGUAUGAAUGGUGUGGCAAACACAGAAGGUAUUGUUUUUUUUAUGUUGCUGUACCCUGCUUUGUCAACGUACUUUACAUUUAUUAGCGAAAGGUUGUCACACGAUAAUAUUGAGUACUUUCAGAAUGCCAUGUAUAAGACGUCCUAAAUUUUUAUGGGCACAUAUAUGUAUUUGGUCAUUCUACCCGCUGGUUAUCCUCAGUGCUUGAGAAGGGCCCAAGGAAGUCCAUUGGCAUCGUUGUUACGUCAAAUUAAACAACUGAGAUAGAGACAUUACGCCAGUACACAUUGCGUAGUGACUGGAAAGGGUGAAGCGCACAGUCUGCCGAGAAAUAAUGAUAAGCCAAACAUAUUUCAAUUAGCACAGACUGCUUCUUGUGAAUAGAGUGUUGCAUAGAAAGAAUUGCUCUUAUAUCUUUCAUAUACACGAAGAAAAAAAAAACACCUCCAAUGACUUCAUUCGUCGUGUUUGCAGCCUCCCCUCCUUAUGUAAGUACAUGUGAAAAGCUUAACAUUCCUGCACAUCUGCACAUUUGGAAGUUUCCGCAUAACUUGGUGAAGCGGGCACACGGCAAUGCCACCAAGUCGCAGGUGGUGUCGCCGUCGUGUGCUGUCUACGCUUCGAGAUAUGCCAAAACUAUCGAUCAAUAUGCACCAACUAGCUAUGAUACAAACCGUAUUACUCUUUUGCGCACGCUCUCUCUGGCUCGUCUACAGAGCAACCGUCACGUCGGUGUCAUUCUAGUCAAACGUAAAACUCUUUUCAAGUCCACACAAGAGAGCUGCGAACGUUUGACAUGUGGCGUCCUUUAUUAGUCCAUGCAUGUAUCAUACUGCACAGAAUAAACUUAUUUUUGAACGUGGGUUCAAGUAGAUAAUACAUAUAUAUAUAUAUAUGACAUAUUUUGGAAAAUGUGUUCUCUACUGGAAAUCGGCUAGACCACCAGUACGGUCGGCACAUUCCUCUUGUAAAGGAUUUGGUAUGCAAGUUUCAUUCGUCUCUGUUCACGUUUUCAAUAAAGAAAUUUCGUUGCCAUUUCAACCUUAA